AUGUGCGCGUUAAAAACACAAUCCGCAAUCAUCAUGCAGAGUCGCGGGAAGGCCACAGUGGAGCAUGACUUGGCUAUACCAUCCCCAGAUGCAUUCGAGCUCUUGAUCCGGGUCCAUGCCGUCGCACUCAAUCCCUCGGAUUGGAUGGCACUGGAUACAUUCGCAAGACCCGGUGCUGGAGCCGGCUAUGACUUCGCAGGUGAAGUAGUUGAGAUGGGCGAAAGAGUAUCGGAUUGGGCGGUUGGGGAUCGCCUGGCUGGAUUCGUGCAUGGAUGUCACGCUGCAAAUUACACCAUUGGAGCAUUCCGUGAAUACCUGACUGCAGAUUCAGAACUGGUGAUUCGCCUCCCCGACCAUGUGUCAUUCGAUGCGGCCUCUACUCUGGGUAUGGGGAUUAGUACAGCCGCCCAAGCUCUAUAUCAGUCCUUAAAUCUUCCAUUACCAGUGUCAAACCCAACCCCCAUAGCCCAAUCAAUAUUGAUAUACGGCGGAGCUUCCGCAACGGGAAGCAUUGCAAUCCAGCUGGCCAAAUUAUCAGGACUGCAUAUUAUCACCACAUGCUCUGAACAGAAUAUACCCUGGAUGCUGUCACUCGGUGCUGAUGAAGUGGUUGAUUACAAGCAGCCCGAUGCUGUCCAGCAGGUGGUAAAUCUCGUUCGAAAGAACGGCCUUUCCACAAUUCUUAAUUGCAUAGGAACAAAACCCACCGCCGAAUUUUGCUACCAAUGCUUCACCGAGCCCGAGACAACUCAGCAGCGGGAGUACGUAUACGCACCUUUGAUGCCGCUCUCCACCUCCGCACCGAUGCAGAACUCACUGCCGGCCACCGCCACGAUAAAUCAUAGAUGGAAGUUCGUAUACACGUGUUUCGGCAAGCGCUUUACUACUCUCACGGAUCACCCGGCCAUCAAUGGUACUUGGCAGCCUUGUCGUGAAGAUAAACAAUUCAUGGUGCGGUUUUAUCGGCAAUUCGAAACUUUGCUGAAAGACAGGAAAAUCGACUUUAUGCCACAGGAGGUCAAAUUGGGUGGGCUACACACGGUCCUGGAGGGUAUUUCUCUUGUGCGAGAGGGAAAGGUUCACGGGAAGAAGCUUGUGUAUCCUAUCCUGUCAUGUGCUAUUCCGUGA